CUCUCAUCCACUCGACAACGCCAAAACCCUUUUUUUUCAUGAUAUGUAACAGUAGCAAAGAAGAACACCAGGCAGGCGGCACUUUGUGAUAAAGUAUUAGUUUAAUCGAGAAAUUAGAAUGUCGAAAGCGAUUCGAUUUUUCGAGCUGAACAACGGCGCCAGAAUCCCGUCGGUUGGACUCGGUACCUGGAAGGCAGAACCCGGGGUCGUCGGCGACGCCAUCACCGCUGCAAUUAAGGCAGGAUAUCGACAUAUUGAUUGCGCGCAAAAGUACGCCAAUGAGAAGGAGAUAGGUGAUGCCCUCAAGAAGCUAUUUGAAAAUGGGAUAGUGAAGCGUGAGGACCUAUGGAUUACUUCGAAACUCUGGUGUUCGGACCACGCUCCGGAGGAUGUACCUUUGGCUUUAAACAGAACUUUGAAUGACUUGCAGCUUGAUUAUAUUGAUCUCUAUCUGAUACACUGGCCAGUUAGCAUGAAGAAAGGUUCUGUUGGGUUUGAACCACAAAAUCUUACUAAAGUCGAUAUACCAAGUACUUGGAGAGCAAUGGAAGCACUCUGUGAUGCUGGAAAGGCCCGAGCUAUUGGCGUCAGCAAUUUCUCUAGCAAGAAACUGGCAGAUUUGCUCGAAGUAUCACGUAUACCUCCGGCCGUCAACCAGGUCGAAUGCCACCCCUCAUGGCAACAGCCCCGGCUACAUGCGUUCUGUAAAUCCAAAGGGGUUCAUCUAUCAGGAUAUUCACCUCUUGGUUCUGGUGGGAACGACUCUAGAAAAAUUGAAGUGCUCAAAAAUCCAAUUCUGAAUUUGGUUGCUGAGAAGUUGGGGAAGAGUCCAGCACAAGUGGCCCUCCGCUGGGGGCUGCAGAUGGGGCACAGUGUUCUCCCGAAGAGCACUAAUGAGAAGAGGAUUCAAGAGAAUUUCGAUGUGGUUGAUUGGGAUAUUCCUGAAGAGUUGUGUGCCCAAUUUUCACAAAUUGAGCAGGUGAGGCUAAUCACAGGAACUGCUUUUGUGCAUGAGACCUUCGGCUCCUACAGAACCAUGGAAGAGCUCUGGGAUGGCGAAACCUGAGUCGAAAAAUCAACGCAGUUCUCACGAUUUCUUUUUUAUAAUUAAUUUCCAUGUAGAUGGAUAUUUUAGCGUUUCCUGAUAGUCAAGUUUGCCUUGAUGAUUUAUGACGACGGGACGGUGGUUGUCUAUAUUAUUGUCGCAAUCUGCUGUGUUCUGGAGUGAACAAGCAUCAAAAGAGUUGCUUUACAAUAGUCCAUGGCUGUUAUUUCCAUCAAUUUGUGUUUUGUAAUCAAAACGCAGCCUUAAUCAACAAAUGACAAUUCAGUAUGAUU